UUAGCUGGUGUUGGUGCGUUAAUGACUGGUGCUGGCGUGUGAUUGGCUGGUGUUGGUGCGUUAGUCUGGUGCUGGCGUGUGAUUGGCUGGUGUUGGUGCGUUAAUGACUGGUGCUGGCGUGUGAUUGGCUGGUGCUGGUGCGUUAGUCUGGUGCUGGCGUGUGAUUGGCUGGUGUUGGUGCGUUAAUGUCUGGUGCUGGCGUGUGAUUGGCUGGUGUUGGUGCGUUAAUGACUGGUGCUGGCGUGUGAUUGGCUGGUGUUGGUGCGUUAAUGUCUGGUGCUGGCGUGUGAUUGGCUGUGUGUUGGUGCGUUAAUGUCUGGUGCUGGCGUGUGAUUGGUCCUUGCCAAGAUUAACACAACCCUCCCCUACCCAGCCAGCCAAUAAUGGACGAGCCCGCUGUUGCCGUGGCAACGUCGAGCGUGUGUGUGCAGGAGGGAGGCAGAGUUGCUGUGUAUAUAACUCGCCUUCAUUAGACGACGUUAAUCCACCACGUUGUACAAAGAAAAAAAAAACCCCGUUAUAUUAUUAUUGUUGUUGUUUAAGUUAACCGGGAGUGGUGGCAGAGCCUGAACGUGACCUCCAGAUAACCAACACGUUCCUCCACGUACGGCGCGAAAGAAAUUCAACGCACGCGCACAGGCGACGGUGCGCGACCUCCCGCGUGGCGCGGACGACGCUGGUGCCGCUACCACCACCGCCACCGCCACCACCGCCACCACCACCGCCUCCACCACCGCCGCCACCACCACCACCACCGCCACCGCCGCCACCACCACCGCCGCCAUGUCCAGGUUCCGCCAGGUGAAGCCGUCUCUGCCCACGCCGGAGCGACCGCCGCCGCGGCCACCGCCGGCGCCGCCGCCGCCGACCGUGGCGGGGCUCGGGGUGGUGGCGAGCCGCUACGAGGUGCGGCGCAGGCUGGGAGCCGGGAGCUUUGGCAGCGUCUACCUGGUGCGGGAUCUCAAGGCCGCCGCCGCUGCCGCCACCGCUGGUGGUAGUGGUGGUGGUGAGGCGAUGUGUGUGCUGAAGACGGUGCCCGUCGGGGAGCUGCGCGCGGACGAGACGGUGCACGCGCACACGGAGGCGCGGCUGCUGGCGCGCCUGCGCCACCCGUGCAUCGUGCGGCUACACGCGAGCUUCCUGGAGCGAGACCUGCUGUGCAUCGUCACCGAGCUGUGCGAGGGAGGGGACCUGGACGCGAGGCUGGAGCAGUGCCGCUGCAGCCGAGGAGGGGCAGGAGGAGUGCUUCCCUGUGACCAGAUCCUCGACUGGCUGCUGCAGCUGCUGUUCGGAGUGCACUACAUGCACAGCAGCUGUGUCAUCCAUCGCGACCUCAAGACCAAGAACAUCUUCCUGAGCAGGAACGACGUCAUCAAGAUCGGAGACUUUGGGGUGUCGCGGCUUCUGCAGGCCCCGGCAGACAUGGCCUCCACCUUCACGGGCACGCCGCUCUACAUGAGCCCGGAGGUGCUGCAGCUGCACGCCUAUGGGGCCAAGGCCGACAUCUGGGCCCUGGGCUGUGUGCUCUACGAGAUGUGCACCCUGCGCCCGGCGUUUGCCGCCUCGACGUGGGUACAGAUCCUGCGGCGCAUCCUGGAAGAGCCGGGGCCAGCCCUGCCGCCCGGCUUCCCGCCCGCUCUCGACGCCCUCCUGCAGAGGAUGCUCAGCAAGGAGACGUCCGAUCGCCCUUCGGCAGAGGAGCUCCUGCACGAGCCGUUCAUCCAGCAGCGGAUACAGAGUUCCCUCUCACGGCUGGAGGAGCAGCUGGGAGCAGAGAGGAGGCGGUGCGGAGCGGAGCAGGGGGAGGAGGAGACGUCCCAAGUGCCGCAGCGCACGGUGCACCUGGAGACGCUGCGCGCCUGCGCGCAGGUGCGUGCCAUGACCCCGCGUGAGAGGAUGCGGAUCCGCAAGCUCCAGACAGCCGACCUCCACGCAAGAAAACUCCAGGAGGUGGCUGAGGAUCACCGACUCAACAACCUGCGGCAGAGAAACAACAACCGCAUGCGCAACACGGCCAACCACUUGAGAGCGCUCAUGAACAUCGACGAAGCCGCGACGGCGGAGGAGGAGGAGUUAGAAUCGCUCCGGCGCUCAGACAGGAGGAGCGCCGGGACGGAGGGACACGUGGGCCCUGGGAUGGAGGGACACGUGGGCCCUGGGAUGGAGGGACACGUGGGCCCUGGGAUGGAGGGACACGUGGCCCCCGGGGCCGGCGGGAACUCGGGCCUGGCCGUGCGUGACGGACAGGGCUACGAGAUCCCGGAUGAUCCGGCCCUGGCUGAGAUUCUGUACGAGGACGACUUCGAAGUGGACAGUGAGGACAGCACCAGCACGGACGACGACGAUGAUGAUGAGUCCACCACAAACGACAGUGACGUGAGGGAUCUGCUCCGGUGCUUUCACGCCGUGGUGAACUCGGCGGGCGACGGGGGCGGCUCCCACCGGUAGAAGCGGCCCGGUGGGCAUCGUGGGGGGUCUCGUGAGGUCACGUGCGUGGACACACCACCACCAUCACCGUCACCACUGUCACCGUCACCACCAUCACCACCACCAUCACCAUC